GUGUAGAAAAAUGGCAAAGAGAAUUGCAGAAAAGGAACUGACCGACAGAAACUGGGAUCAAGAAGAUGAAGCUGAGGAGGUGGGAACCUUCUCAGUGGCUAGCGAGGAAGUCCUGAAGAACAGAGCUAUUAAAAAAGCAAAGCGUCAAAAUGUUGGAUCAGAGCCUGAAAGUAGAGGAGCGUUUAAAGGUUUUAAAGGCUUUGUCUUGCCUUCUGGAAAAGAAGGAGGUGGCUUCAGCGGAUUUGGUAAUGGUGCAGGAAUAAAGCCUUUAGAAGGCCUGUCUAAUGGAAACAGUAGUAUCUUCAGUACUCCUUUCAGCAGUUUAAAGACAACAUCUGAAACAAAAUCUGCUUUUGGAUCCCCCAUGUCAAAUGGUCCAACUAUAACCACAUUUACUGAGAAGGCGGCUGCAAGCCCAAAAGCUAAUGGUGGCAGCCAACCAUCAUCAUCUGGCUACACUCAGAGUAAAGUCUGUAGCUCUAGUGUUUAUCACAAACAGCUAGCAGCUUUAAACUGUUCUGUGCGUGACUGGAUAGUUAAGCAUGUAAACACAAACCCGCUAUGUGAUCUGACACCUAUCUUUAGAGACUAUGAGAAGUAUUUAGCAACUAUUGAACAGCAACACGGAAACAGUAGCGAUAGUGGCUCUGAAAAUGAAAGCAACAAGACACCUGGCACACAGUCUGUUUCCACAUUUGGGAAUUCAAAGCUACAGCAAGGAUCAACUUUUCUAUUUAACAACAAAACUGAGGAUGCCUCUGACAAAAAAACCGAAGUUGCAUCAGAAAAAAGAGAGCCAUCGAUAGGAGCUACAUCAACUGUCUCAUUUAAUAUUGGCAAGAGUGGUCACAGUUCAGGUUUCAGUUCCUUUGGUUCAGGAACACGUAGUAGUUUCUCAUUUUCUCCUGGAAAUUCAGGUUUGUUUGGAAAAGAUGCAAAUCAGGCAAAGCCUGUCACUGCAGUAUCCACCAAUGCGUUGGAAGCUCAGACAGAAAGUGGGAACGGUGAUGAUAAAGGUGGAGAAGAGGAGGAGGAGGAGCCACCAAAAGUCAUUGUUAAUGAAAUAAAAGAGGACGAUGCUUUCUACUCAAAGAAAUGUAAACUGUUCUACAAAAAGGAUAAUGAAUUUAAAGAAAAAGGUGUAGGAACAUUACACUUAAAACCAGCAGGAAAUGAAAAAACUCAACUCCUAGUCCGAGCAGAUACCAAUUUAGGAAAUAUACUGUUGAAUGUUCUAAUUCCACCCAAGAUGCCAUGUACAAGAACCGGAAAAAACAAUGUUCUUAUAGUUUGUGUUCCUAAUCCACCAAUUGAUGAGAACAAUCCAACUGUUCCUGUCACUAUGUUAAUAAGGGUGAAAACAAGUGAGGAUGCAGAUGAAUUGCACAAAAUCUUACUCGAGAAGAAGGAGGCUUAAGUAUGUUGCAGUCAGUGAUUUGAGAAAUGAUUGCCAAACUGCUGCUGCUCUAUUUUUUUUUCCUUCCAUAUCUUCACUUGAACACUUAACUCUUUAUUCUGAUACUAAGAACUACUAUAGAAAUUCUGGAAAAAUCUGUGAGGAAAAAGUAAACUAGCUAAUAAAAGUUUUAAUAGAACAAGUUUUGGACUGUGCUCCCUCAUUUUUCAACGCUGAAAUGCAGGACCUCUUCUGGAUAAACUACAAUGACUUAAAUUAAAGCAUGUUUUUAACACUGGUCAAUUUGACUGAAUGGACUGAAAUCAGAGUAUAAAAUAUGGUACUAGAGAUUCCUCACGGACUACAGUGCAAUGCAACAGCCUCCUAUUUUAAGAGGAUAUUCAAAUUUAAUCGUUGAAACUGUUUCUGUACUCAAGAUUUUUAUUUUUAAUUGGUCUGUCAUUCUGGAGAGACUAAUUUUUCAAAGUGUCAAUAAUGACAAUGUACCCAAACAAUGAUGAUGUAUAUUGUACUGUUUUAACUCUUACAAACUUAUGUGAUUCUGGGCCUUGGAGACUGUAUCUCCAGCUAUUUAAUACAAAGUUAGCUUGCAUAGUCUUGUUGACAAUAGUGUUUCUUAGAGAAGAAAUGUCAGUUCUGUUCUUGUUCUUACUGUAGCAAGAAGCUAAUGAUGUGCAAUAGUAUAAGCAGACAACUGGAAGACUGUUUAUCUUGGACCACAACCACAGCUGGCUUUUACUGCCUUCUGCCAGGUCAGAGGCAAAUGUUCUAAUGUAUUCUUCCCUAAUCUGUUGGGCUAACACUGAAAUUCAGCAGAGGCAGAGGGUAUUUGUCUUGCUAGUUGCUAGUACUCGACUGAAGAUAGCUUUUUCACAGACAAAGUUCAGGAUUUUUCCAAAUCCUUGUACUCUCUCUGGCCAUUACCAAGAAUGCAUGCACAAAUGUACGUCAGUAAUUAUCUUUCCCAUGUGCUCGAACUACAGUGCAUUGCUGCACUACCUAAAGCAGUAGUUCACAGCUUUAGGAUGAGCUUUCUGUCACAAUGAGGGAGCACUUACUUAAUCUGUAACAGGUUUUAGUGGAGUUGAAAUAAACCACAUGGCAGUGAUUCACAGAGCCACAGAGCAGAACAUUGUUUUGUCCUAGGUUUCCAUCAGACCUCGUUCAGUUAGUUAAUCCUUUUCUUUUUCAAAUCUUGUCCUAGUUGGCUGGCAACUCUCAAAUAUUUUUCUGCUUCACUUCUAUCUCUGAGAACUAUCAGAGAGCUGGACACUGAUGUUCAAUUUGACCUCUGAUUUGUUACAGUGACCAGCUCCGGAGAUUUGAAAGAAACAUGCCACCCUGCUUCUGGCUAAUAAGGCACAGAGGGAAAAACCAAACAUUCACUAAUGCAGCAGCAUGAUGUAAUUCUCACAGGGGAUGAUACAAUCCAUAACAGUGGCAGCCUAUGGUGGGGAAAAAGGAGAAGCACCAUUUGAGUAGAUUUCUUCUAUCUGCUCUCCAUGAGGGAACAAAUGGCUGUCUUUAGUCCUACUUUACUGCACAAUUCAGGUUAAGGCCUUUCCCCCCUCCUUUCCCUCCCCCCCCAUUAACCACAAAGGAGAAAAACUUUACAGCAUCUACAGCCCUCCUGACCAAAGUUCAAAAACAAAGGCCUUUGUUCACAUUUCAGCUUCACUGAGAUCAUUGGAAUUGCAUUUUUAACACUCAAGUGCAAAGGGAGCAUAGAUACUGUUUCAAGUAUUGUUCUGUAAAUACAAAGUUGUGCCUUUUUUUUUUUUCUUGCACCCAGCUUAGUGUUUAACUGUUAAAAAUAAUUGACAUUACUUUCCUCAAUUUUGAUUUUUCCUAAACUGGAGGCCAAAAGCUGAAGGCUUUCGUGGUAACUGUGUAUGAAUGAAAACUAGAACUAUUGCCUGAAAGUUUAUUUAUAGGCUCAGGUGUAUCAUCCAAGGGCUCAGUAAAUCUUGCAUUUGUCUUUUGAUUGUAGUGUCUUAACCUGUCUCCACAAAGCAGCAUUUAUAGGUUAAACUGCUGGAUGGGGUGAGCAGAUUUUUGUUACACAUCUCACUUUAAGAGUAAUUCAGUACAGAUGAUUUCAGGGGUCUUAGUUGUAUGUUUAUUUCCUAAAUCUCAUGGGCUUAAAACUUACUGCAUAUCCACUGAAGCGAGGACCAAUUAAAACAGUUAGUUAAGAGACAAACUGAACUUCCUAGGUAUCCUUAAUGACUUACCUCCAAAGCGAGGCAGUUGUAGGCUUUUUUCACAUGUCUUUGGCCCAAUUCUAAAACUGCCUAAUGCAUCUUUGUUGUGUUUUUAAGGGUGGCCAUUCUGAGGGUGAGCACAGAAUCUAAGAAAAAGGUAAACAAGAGUAAUAGAAUACGCUGAUAUGCUGGAGAAGAGUAUUCAUGGUAGCAAGCAAUAUCCUGUUAGCUGUGGGAAAGACUAGUAAAGAUGGAACAUCAAAAUUCUUUAGCAGUGUACAUAUUUAUCAGUAAAGCCUAGGGAAAGGUAAUAGAAAUCUUGUGUUAAUUACAAUGUCAGAUAUCUGGCUUUAAAAACAUGGUUUUAAAAAUGGGAAAGAUUAACUGCAAAUGAGAGAUUUAAUCACCAUCAUUCUUAGUGACCCUGCAGUUAUCUGACUAUGACGCAGUAGAAGUCAAACAUUUCACUUGGUCUCCAAUUAUAAAGCCCAAUCCUUCUCAGUACUGUUAUUAAAACAAAUCUAUGAUGAAGCUUCAGUUUCUAUUUAACUAUUAAAAUAAAGUGAUAGUUUUAAAAAGUCAGGGAUCAUUGCAUAGAAAACUGAGUUAAAAGCAACUUAGCGGGGAGAACGGAAAUCAAUGUAUGCCUUCAUAACUAAGUGGCUACACAAGGAAGGACUUUGAUCAGAAUUCCUGCUCAAUGAGGCAUUCCUGUAUCAUGGUUAAUAUCAUGGUAGAUAUCAGACAGCUAAUGUUAAAAAUCUUAAGUUUCCUCCUGUAAUUUGAGUUAAUGCCUAGACUGUUAAAGCUGUACAUAGGUGUUGGAGUGUCUAAUAGAUGAUAUGCAUUCUUCCUUUUGUUGCAAUUUUGAAAUUUCAGCAGCUUGAAAGCCUUUUCCCUCCCACCUUUCUGCUCCUCCAAAAGAAGAAAGUGAAGAUCUCAGCUUCUUUUUACUUCUCAGAACCAUCUCUAAGAGAGAUUAUUACAGUUGUUGUGAAUUUUAUUUUAAAAUAUUAAGUUACUAUUUGCAAGUCUUUUGUAAUGUACUUAAAUGAUUUAUUUGGGAACACAAUACCAUCUUCCUAUAAUCUCUUCUUGCUGAUGGACAUGAAAACUCAAAUCUGUAGUUUAAAUGAAGAUGUUGCAGAACACAAGCCAAUUAGGAGGUAAGGCUUUAGUAGCAGGAACUUUAGUUCAGCUCCCUUUGCAGCACUGUAACACUUAAAAUGUUCUUAAAGAUCUACUUUCUGAUGCCUUAACUUAUUUGCAUCUGCUAAAAUUUUGUAGCUGGUGCCUGUGUGCAAAAAUUUACUGUCAUUAAACAAUUUUAAGUGGCAUGAGUUAGUAUAAAUUCAAUGAAAAUGCUGAAUGUGAUUAUCUCUUAAUAGACUUCAAACUUCUCUGAGUUUUUCAAUGGAUACUUAAUUUCACAUAACUUGUAACAACGUUUUCCUUAGUUCUCAUGCAUUGAAGAAGUGUACAAAAAUCCUUGGAAAAUGUGAAUAAAUGAAUGAGAGAAA